ACCUGGCACAAAAGCGGGAGACAGACGCCCAAACGUACAAGCAGACCCCAGGAUUGCCCCCAAACACAGCAAAGGAAUUCUCAAAAACAUAACUUGGCGAUGGGAUAAGGCUUCUCUAUGGCCUCCCGGAAAGUGGUUACGAAGCAGGGCAGUACCCCGUCGGCCCUGGGCCUUCAUUUCCAAGCCCCGUUGGAACACAGGGUGAAAAUGGAGGAGAAGAACCCCUCCUGUUCCAGACCGGUGGAGGGUGCCCGUAGGGGACCUCGUGGCGUCCAGGCUGGCAGCACCAAGGACCUUCUGCGUCGGGUGACACCAACCCAGAUUAAACAGGAACCGGACGAGGGGCUGGCCCAGCGGUGGGAAGCCCAGUGGCAGGAGUUCCUGAAGGUGGUACAGUCCCCUCAGUCGGGAUGGGGGAACCCGCAGCUGCCCGAGCUGAUGGUGUUUGGCGACCCGAAGGGUUUCCAGGCUGCUCGCGGGAUGACCCAGCAAGCCUUCGGCCGGGGAGGCGCCUGGAAGGUGAAAGAAGAGGUCUUAGAAGAAGAGCCCGUCAGUGCAGAGACACAACGGCAACGCUUCCGGCAAUUCUCCUACCACGAGGCCGAGGGGCCCCGCGAGGCCUGUGGCCGCCUCCGGGAGCUGUGCCAUCAGUGGCUGAAGCCGGAGCGCCACACCAAGGAGCAGAUCUUGGAGACGCUGAUCCUGGAGCAGUUCCUCAGCAUCCUGCCGCCGGGAAUCCAGGGCUGCGUGAGGGAACGGGGCCCUGAGACAUGUGCCCAGGCUGUGGCCCUGGCCGAGGGCUUUCUCCUGAGGCAGCAGGAAGCUGAGCGGCCGCGACAACUGGGCCUCAAUUCCUUUGAAGAAGUGACUGUGACUUUCCCAAGGGCACAGCAGGUCUGUCUGGGGGCUUCUCGGAAGCAAGCAGGCAGCAGGUUGUUGAAUGAACAUGAGAGGCAGACUGUGCGGCCGCCAGACUACCCUGAGCGAGAGGCUCUGUGUGGGACGUCACUACAGAAACCUCAUGAGAACCUCGGUUAUGACACAGGGAGGGCGUCCGAGAACCAGCCAAGGCCAGAGAGGCAUCAGGGCAUCCACCCCGGGAAGAGAGUGGCUGAGGCCAUUCCCUGCAGGGUGGGCUAUGAGGAUCUCAGCAAGAUCAUCUUCCAAGAGAGAAUGCAGGAGAACCAGCGGCAGAAGAGGUGCGUCGUCCUCCGACGGCGAAUCCACACGGAGGAGAGGCUGUACAAAUGCCAGGACUGCCGGAAGAGUUUCGACCACCGCUCGCACUUCAUCCGCCACAAGAAGAUCCACACGGGGGAGAAGCCCUUCCAGUGCACCGACUGCGGGAAGAGCUUCAACCGGAACUCCAACCUCACCACGCACAUGCGGACCCACACGGGCGAGAAGCCCUACAAAUGCUCAGACUGCGGGAAGAGCUUCCGCUGGAGCUCGGAUUUCAUCGUUCACGAAAGGACUCACACUGGGGAGAAACCAUACAGCUGUGCUGACUGCGGGAAGGCCUUCCGCCGCAGUUCGAACCUUACUGCCCACGAAAGGACGCACCGAGGAGAGAAGCCCUACAAGUGUUUGGACUGCGGGAAGAGCUUCACUCGGGGUUUAUAUCUAAUUGCACACAGGAAAAUGCACACGGGAGAGUGA